AUGGCUGACAGACGCCCGAAAGAAAACGGAAUCAAGACUGAGAACAAUGAUCAUAUUAAUUUAAAGGUGGAGGAGCAGGAUGGUUCUGUGGUGCAGUUUAAGAUUAAGAGACAUACACCACUUAGUAAACUAAUGAAAGCCUAUUGUGAACGACAGGGUUUGUCAAUGAGGCAGAUCAGAUUCCAGUUUGAUGGGCAACCAAUCAAUGAAACAGAUACACCUGCACAGUUGGAAAUGAAGGAUGAAGAUAUGAUUGAUAUGUUUCAGCAGCAGACAGGAGGUGUCUACUAA